AGCAGAAGCAAGCAGGAGGAAUUACUCCAGGAGAAACUAUGGACAUACUAUUGUAAAGAUGGAGAUUAAGGAAGAACCCUGCAGAAUAAAAGAUGAAGAUACAGAGAAACAAAUAGAUGGAAAUGCAGUCGUUUCAAAGACUGAAGAGAAUUUCACAAAGAAACAAGCUGGAAAAUCUGGAGUCAAAGGAUCUUUAACCUGUUCUGAGUGUGGAAAGAGUUUCAUACGUAAAUCAAACCUGAACUUACACAUGAAGAUUCACACUGGAGAAAUGCCUUAUACAUGCAUUCAGUGUGGAAAGAGUUUCAUUCACAAAGGACACCUAAAUUAUCACAUGAGAAUUCACACUGGAGAAAAACCGUUCACAUGCUCUCAGUGUGGAAAGAGUUUCAGGUGCAAAAGCAUUCUCAAUAAUCAUCUGCACCGUCACUCUGGAUUGAGAUCAUUCAGCUGUGAUCAGUGUGAUAAAACAUUUGUUUAUGAAUCAGGCUUAAGAGAACACCUUAAAGUUCAUACUGGUGCGAAGCCUCACUUUUGUUCUGUAUGUGGAAAGAGUUUUUCAUAUCUUGGAUCUUUAAAAGAGCAUGAGCGUAUUCAUACUGGUGUGAGACCUUAUGUGUGCUCUGACUGUGGAAAGACCUUUAUUACAUCAGGUGCAUUAAAAUCACACCAGAGAAUUCAUACUGGAGAGAAACCGUACAAAUGUUCACACUGUGGAAAGAGUUUCACUCUGUCAGGAAACCUGAAAGAUCAUGAGAUAGUUCAUACUGGAGAGAAACCGCACCAGUGCUCUUCAUGUGGGAAGAGUUUCAGUCAUCUUGGAUCUUUAAAACAGCAUGAGAGUAUUCAUACUGGUGUGAGACCUUAUAUGUGCUUUGACUGUGGAAAGACCUGCAUUUCAUCCGGCAACUUAAAAACACACCAGAGAGUUCAUACUGGAGAGAAACCGUACAAGUGUUCACACUGUGGAAAGAGAUUCUCUCGGUCAGGAACCCUGAAAGCUCAUGAGAGAGUUCACACUGGAGAGAAACCGUACAAGUGCUCUUUAUGUGAGAAGAGUUUCACCCAAUCAUCUGCUCUACAGCGACAUGAGAAAAAUCAUUGUCCGAAGGUGUCUAAGUGAGCAAAGUUCAGAUCCAUAACUUGUAAAUAAGCAAAAGAUGGUAUUACCUUUAAUACAGUAAUUUAAUCUAAAAUUAGGAGGAAGGUUAAGAUGGUUUUUUAUUGCAUUCUAUUCGCACUGGAUUAAUAUUAUCACAGGAC